CCCCGCCUGCCCUCUCCUCAGGGCGGUUUUGUGGCGGGCCCGGACGCGCUGGGCGGUGCGGGCCCGGCGGGCGAUGCCGUGCGGGCAGCCGGAGAGCGGCGGCGGCGGCGCCGCCGCCCCCGCGCGGUACGUGCUGGGGGUGGACGUGGGCAGCACGGCGGUCAAGUGCCACGUCUACGACCGGGCGGCCGCUGUCAGGGGCUCCAGCUGCAGGAAGGUAGAGUCGCUUUAUCCUCGUCCUGGCUGGGUUGAAUUAGAUCCCGAAGUCCUAUGGAGUCAAUUUAUUGGUGUAAUAAAAGAGGCGGUGCAAGCUGCAGGACUUCACAUGAGGCAAGUUGCUGGUCUUGGCAUCUCAACACAGAGAGCAACGUUCAUUACGUGGCACAAGAAGACAGGGAAACCUUUUCAUAAUUUCAUAAGCUGGCAAGACUUGAGAAGUGCUGAACUUGUGAAUUCCUGGAAUAGAUCCCUUCUGCUGAAGGUAAUCCAUGUUAUUUUUACAAUGCUUCAUUUCUUGACUGGGAACGAUCGAUAUUUGGCUCCCAGUUUUCUUACUUUUUCAACACACCAGACUUCUAUGAAGUUGUCAUGGGUUUUCAAAAACAUACCUGAGGUGGAUGAAGCUGCCAAAAAAAAUAACUGCUGCUUUGGAACAGUUGACACGUGGUUACUGUAUAGAUUGACUAAAGGUUCUGUAUAUGCCACAGACUACUCAAAUGCUAGUUCUACAGGCGUUUUUGAACCGUUCACGAAGUGUUGGAACCCCACUUUGUCUAAUUUACUUUCCAUUCCAAUGUCUGUUUAUCCUCCAGUGAAAGACACGAGCUUCAAUUUUGGAUCAGCUGACUCUGAAAUAUUUGGGGUAUCUGUUCCAAUAAUGUCAUUGGUAGCUGACCAGCAGUCAGCCAUGUUUGGAGAAUGCUGCUUCCACCCGGGAGAUGUUAAACUGACAAUGGGAACAGGUGGCUUCUGGAACAUUAAUACUGGAGGGAAUCUGUACGCAUCAAAGAGAGAUCUAUAUCCACUGAUUGGUUGGAAGAUUGGGGAUGAAGUUGUCUACAUAACUGAAGGCUGUAUGUCAGACAUUGGCAAUGCCAUAAAAUGGGCUCAGGAUAUAAAUCUUUUCACCGAUGUAGAUGAAACAGCAGAAAUGGCACGGAGUAUUGCUGAUUCUCAAGGUGUUUGUUUUGUUCCAGGUUUUCAGGUUUCUGCGAAUGACCCAUGUUUAUGUGCCUCUUUCAUGGGGCUGAAACCUACUACGAGCAGAAAUCACCUUGUACGAGCUAUAUUGGAAUCUGUAGCUUUCAGAAACAAGCAGCUUUAUGAUACCAUUGUGAAGAAGGUACACAUUCCUCUUCAAACUGUUCGAGCUGAUGGAGGUGUCAGUAAUAAUAGUUUUGUAAUGCAGAUGACUUCAGAUUUGAUUAAUAAGAAAAUAGAAAAGCCUGCAAACACAGAUAUGUCUAGUCUUGGUGCAGCUUUUCUAGCAGGUCUUGCUUCAGGACUUUGGACAGACAAAGAACAACUAAAGAAGCUGAGGCGAACAGAAGCAGUUUUUGAGCCCCAGAAGGACUUGGAGGAAUACAGACCUGCUAUGGAUACCUGGAUGCAAGCAGUGAAACGCUCCCUGCACUAGUAGAAACUGACAUUUUAACCAUAGAAGGAUUCAAAUGUUUUGUUAAUAUUUAUAGAACUUUGUAACUAACAGGACAGUAAAAACUGUAACUGAAAUUUGUGAUGGUAAAUAGAAAAAGUUACAUGGUACUUGAGUAACCUUCCUGCUGCUAGAUUACUUAUCACUCCAUAAUGAACCUUCAUAUUGUCUUCAUGACAGCUGUAGACCAGCUGCAGCAUUUGUGUCCCUUCAGUGACCUCCUUUGGGUGGCCCAGCUGCUUGAAUCCUAUAAUCAUGCAUUAGAAAUGGGGAGUUUUUUCCUAUGAUGUGUUUUCUUCUGAGGAACUCACCUCCCUUCUGAUCUUUGAAAGCUUUGAUAUGUUAACCAUCAAGGAGGGGAAAAAGGGGCAUAUACUUCCCCAGGUAUUUCUAAGAAAAGUAAAAAUGAAUACUUGGAGGGGAGGUGUGGAAUUGGUUGUGUAUAAAGGUACUUUCUUGAUAGUAGCCUGUUACCACAUUUUGUUUGACUUCGUAAGGAAGCAUUCGACCUAGCAGUGUGAUAACAUUUUUGUGGUACCUAGGGAUAAGCACUAAAUUAAGAUGAAAUACAAAAGCAAAUGUGCUUUCAGGACUCCAUAAAAGAUGCAUCUUUCCAGGGUUUUUUGUAACUCAUGUUUCCUAUCUAUUUGUAGCUAUUUUUUUUUUAAAGUUAUAAAGAUUUAAAAAAAUGCAUUAUCUGGCAUGAUUAGUACGAAUAUGUUAAAUAUCAUUACAGGUAUGCUGUCUAACUUUUUAAAAGAAAACUGUAACAUUAGUAUUCUCAAGUCCCUCACUUCACUCACUACAUUCUAUUACUAUUAGAUGAAACGGUCAAAAGUCUAUUUUUGGAGUUAUUAAUUACUUUUAUAUUUUUAAAAUAAAUUGUAAUUAAAGAAACGUAAUUAUGC